GGAGCAGGGCUCCACUCUGGGAGGGGGGCAGCCUUGCCGGAUCCGGGGCAGAGUUAAGCGGCCCCAGCUCUGCUUUCCUAGAGCUGCUGAGAACCCGGGAAAUGGUGUGGAGGUUCCGGGGAGCCCUGCCCCUACCUGGCAACCGCAGUGCAGCAGGCACCAAGUUCUCCUGCACAUUGCGACAGUGUGACCCUGGGCUCUGGCGGGCGGUAGGUGGGGCCUUUGGACCUACCAGCAGUGAGGGAGUUAACACAGCAGCUGACUCCUCUAGGCAAGGAAAACUCCCCUCAGACGCUUUGCUGCCUGGCCUCCUGCCAGCAACAAGCAGGAGCUGAAAACUAGAAGUUGAGGCGUGAGUUUGGCCACUCCGUAGUGUGCACUUGGUGAGGGCAGCAGCUCGCCACAGCUGCCAGCCGUCUGUCCAUUCACCCAUCUGUCCAUCUGGCAGCCCGCUGUUCAGACCCGUCUGUCUGUCCGCCCAUCUGUAAGCCCAUCUCUGUCCCAUUGUCUAUCUGACCAUCUUUCUCUUACUGUCCUCUUUGUCUAGCUAUCUGGCCUAUCUGUCGAUCCAUCUUCGUGUCUGUCUUCAGCCCCCACCUGUUUGUCCAUCUGUCCAAUUACCUGUGAGUCUAUCUAUGCAUCUUCUUGUCCAUUCAUCUGCCCACCCAUCUGUCCCUCCGUCUGCCCACCGGCCUCCCCUCUCCUUCUGGGCCGCAGAGCCAUGGCCCAGGACUGCAGAGCCAUGGUUGGCCUGGUCCUGCUGGGGCUGGGGCUGGCGCUGGCUGUCAUUGUGCUGGCUGUGGUCCUCUCUCGACACCAGGCCCCAUUUGACCCCGGGCCUUUGCCCACGCCGCUGUUGCUGCUGACUCCAAGGUCUGCUCAAAUAUUGUACGCUGGACCCGCAGGCCCUGCAGGACAGAGACUGGCAGUCGCCAUGAAUGGGAUCGAAGUAAAGCUCUCGGUCAAGUUCAACAGCAGGGAGUUCAGCUUGAAGAGGAUGCCGUCCCAAAAACAGACAAGGAUCUUCAGAGUCAAGAUUGCUGUGGUCACCAAGAGAGAGAGGUCCAAGGUGCCCUACAUCGUGCGCCAGUGCGUGGAGGAGAUCGAGCGCCGAGGCAUGGAGGAGGUGGGCAUCUACCGCGUGUCCGGUGUGGCCACGGACAUCCAGGCACUGAAGGCAGCCUUCGACGUCAAUAACAAGGACGUGUCGGUGAUGAUGAGCGAGACGGACAUGAACGCCAUCGCAGGCACGCUGAAGCUGUACUUCCGUGAGCUGCCCGAGCCCCUCUUCACUGACGAGUUCUACCCCAACUUCGCAGAGGGCAUCGCUCUCUCAGACCCAGUUGCAAAGAAGAGCUGCAUGCUCAACCUGCUGUCGUCCCUGCAGGAGGCCAACCUGCUCACCUUCCUUUUCCUUCUAGACCACCUGGAAAGGGUGGCAGAGAAGGAGGUGGUCAAUAAGAUGUCCCUGCACAACCUCGCCACUGUCUUUGGCCCCACGCUGCUCCGGCCCUCCGAGAAGGAGAGCAAGCUCCCUGCCAACCCCAGCCAGCCCAUCACCAUGACUGACAGCAGGUCCUUGGAGGUCAUGUCCCAGAUCCAGAUACCUAAUAAGAUGCUGGAAUGUAAUCCCUGGACAAUCCGUGUCCUGGCAGCAUUUGGUCUUCCUCUAAGCGCCUGGCUCCGCUGUUCUCAGGAGUGGGUUCUGAAGUCUCUGGAGAACAGGAUAUGUGGAGGGUUAGGAAGGGGCCAGGCCUAGAGAUGGGAGACUCCCUCCCGGAGCAGGUGGAGGCACAGGACCAUUCGCUACCCUAUCUGCCGACACCUGCGGGGGAGCCCAGGCAUUCUUUGUAAGCCCUCCUGACCACCUGGCUCAAAGAAAACAGAAGCAUGGAGGCCGCCAAGUAUUUUCAAGAAAUAAUCCCUUGAACAUGGCAUCACUUUUUUAGAAAGAGGGGCUUGGGGCAGGCAGAGGAGAGAAGGGAGAGCAAACUGAGAGCCAAGUUUCCAGACGGUCCUGCAGGAGGAGAGGAUGCAGCUGCCCAGAGGGAAGCAGGAUCACAUUUAAGGAAGUGUGUGGGGUCCCUGGAUGACACCAGCACCCAGUGCGGCUCUGUCUGGCAACCGCUCCCAAGGUGGGAGGAGUGGGUGUCCCCUGUGUGUCAGUGGGCAGCUCCUGCUGAACCCGCAGCCCACUAGGGAGCCUGACAGUGGGGCCAUGCGCCUGACACUCCUCUCUGCUUGUGGACCUGGCAAGGCAGGGAGCAGAAAACAGAGCCACUUGAAGGCUUUCUGUCUGCGUCUGUGUGCAGUGUGGAUUUAGUUGCGCUUUUUUCUUGCUGGGAGAGCACAGCCACCAUUUACAAGCAGUGUCACCCUCGUGGGUGGCGAGGACAGAACAGGAGCCUCUGCUCUCUGUACCU